CAUAACGGACAACGAUUGUGAUGAGUGUGGCUUGGUUUUUCACACUUGGGAUUUAAUUGACAUUUGAUCAUGUGUUUACAGUGUCACAUAAAAAUAUUAUGUUAUUGACACAUGUUGGACAGAUGCUUUAUUCCAUGCAGUCGCGCCGUCAGUGGACAGUAUGGAGUGACGGGAUUAAAUAUAGAGAAUUUCUUUUUAUUUCUAUUCUAAGGAGAUAUUUCUGGAGUUAUAACUGAGAAAUAACGCAGUGGACUUAAAUUAACACAUGAUACGGGUUGAAAUUAAAUUGAUGAAGGGCGAUGAUAAAACAUAAUCGUUCUUCUCACUCUGCAAUUCUUCGGUCUGACUUCAGUUCACCACCACACCGUCUGUGUCGCCAGUUCUCCUUUUCCUCCAAAUCAUGCGUACGCAUGGGUCAGAGUUUGCUUAGGGCUGCGCACAUUUUCCCGUCAAGUUGGUUUUUUAUAGAUCACAACCUUGGCGUGAAAAGUCACGUACGCAACUUUCAGCCCCGUUUUGUGCGUACGCAACGGUUAUAAAUGAGACCCCAGGCCAUUAGGGGCAGAGGAAGUAGAGGUGGAAGACGGGGAGCAAGAGGCACUGGACGAGCGGGAAGAAGCAGGAGACGCGGGGCUGCAGUAAACCUGGGGCAGGAUGAUGUACUGCGAGUGGAGAACCUGCAAGCUCUAAGGAUAGCAGAUGAGCAGGCAAGAAUUCAAAGUCUGGAUCUGCAAAUGUCGCAUCAUUUGCUCCAGCACUGCCUGACACGCGACCCCAGCCUCAUGUUCGACCUGCUCACCAUGUCAUCCACAGAUCCUCCUCCAUCAGGCCCUCAAGUGAGAGAUAAACCCACCUGGUGCAUCUGCCACAACUGCAGGGAAAUGCCGACGGACGUGGAGCGCAAGUGCUGUGGGCAACAACCUCACUCAUGUAUAGCAAUGCUGCCCCACAUCGAGGCAUACAUUCUGCAAGAGGGGCACCUGCGCCUUGCAAUCAGAAUCUGGAACGAUGUGCGGGCUUUGGGUGACCUUCCAGACCCAGGGGAAAGCAAGAAACAAUUUCGCUAUGCUGCAUACCGACAGUUUGUUGUGUGGCAAUAUGGGGCACUGGGAGCAGGGAACAGAGUGGUCCUACCCAGUUGCUGUGUGUGGAAGAUAAGAGACCGCUUUCCAGAUCCACACGGACAAUAUAAAGGCUUCAGUUUAUUUGUAUCUGUGUGAACGUUUUUUAUAUAAUGUACAUCGUUUUUAUUUAUAUUUUUUCCCCAGGAGUAAUUAAAAAUGCAGAGUCCUUUUGUUUUUAUAUUGUUUGAAUAAAAAAAGGAAAAUUACUUUGGUGGUGACGUGGUGAAGGACC